AUGGCGGAUGAUAGUGACUUGUUUGAAUUUAACCCUGGAGGAGCUUUUAUACAAAGCUCUAAUGAUGGUAUUAUUGAAGAUAUCUUCAAUGCAAAUGAGGAUUUAUUCCUACAUGAAGACCAUACCCUUGAUAUCGAACAGGAGGGGGAGCCCGAGGGGGGUGAUGAGCUUGCUGAGCUUACUCCACUGACAACUUCUGAUACAACUCCUCUGCUUACUAGGAAGAUUGAAUUUAGUUCUUAUCUUCCUGAAUAUCCAGAGACACACGAAGAUGGAUUUACAUAUGUUAUCCAAUUCUCUUCUAGGCGCGCCAUUCCAACGAAGACAAUGAACAGCCCUUUUCUAAAUACAAUGGUAUUUAGGCAUAAGUACUCUUGUACUGGAGUAAAGAUAUGUGAAUAUCUUGCCUCUGAACUAGCAAACUACUCCUUUACAUCCUUAUCUGAAGCUGAACUUUAUCAGUAUCAGGAAAUGUGGAAGCGUAAUAAGACUACGCGAGGGGAGGCACAGGAGAAUGCAAUCAGGUACUAUAAGAAUUAG